UUUCAAUAAACUAUGGCAUUAGAUUCUCCCCCAUAUGCAUAUGCAUGCUUUGGGGAACAAUCGCGACAGUGAUGUCAAUCUUCAAAAGGUUAAAAAGGGGGCAUGGCGACCGGCUCUGAGAUGGAGAUGUAAGAACAGACGAAAAGUUAAAACAAUGAUGGAAAUGAAAAGAAAUUCCCUUUUCUCCGAUCGAUUCCUUGGAAAAAUGGGCGCCCCAGAAGUCAAAUGGGGAAUAUGCCGCCAUGGGUCACUCGAUUCUCCGCCAUGUGAGCUUUCUUCAGUAAUCGCGUGACGCGAUCUGAGAGUGGACUUCGUUGUGGGGAAGAGGAGGAGAGUGGAGAGUAUUCGAGUUUUCGAGAUUUGGGAAUUCGCCAUUAGAAAUUAGAAUAGUUGUGAAGAUGAGUGUUGUGGGGUUUUCUUCUUCUUCGGUUGCUGUGUUUAUUGCGGUUCUAGUUCUGGUUCUCAAUGGAGUGGAGGUGUGUAAUGGAGGUAAAACAAGCCGGUUUCUGAGGAAGAUUGAGAAAACUGUGGAUAUGCCUCUUGACAGUGAUGUCUUUGCACUGCCUCCUGGUUUCAAUGCUCCUCAGCAGGUCCAUAUUACACAAGGAGAUCAUGAAGGGAAGGCAGUGAUUGUUUCAUGGGUCACUCCAAAUGAACCAGGAUCAAAGAAAGUAUUAUAUUGGAGUGAGAAUAGCAAGCAAAAGAAAGAGGCCAUUGGAGAAGUAUAUACUUAUAAGUUCUACAAUUACACUUCUGGCUACAUUCAUCACUGCACCAUUGAAAACUUAGAGUACAACACCAAAUACUACUAUGAAGUGGGAAUUGAGUACUCACCAAGAACAUUCUGGUUUUUCACUCCUCCAGAAGUCGGUCCCGAUGUCCCCUAUACAUUUGGUGUCAUAGGGGAUCUCGGCCAGAGUUUUGAUUCAAACAGGACGCUGACGCAUUACGAACGAAACCCGCAUAAAGGAAAAACAGUGCUGUUUGUGGGGGAUCUCUCUUAUGCUGAUAACUAUCCAUUCCAUGACAAUGUAAGGUGGGAUACAUGGGGAAGAUUCACGGAGAGAAGCGUGGCCUAUCAGCCUUGGAUAUGGACUGCAGGGAAUCAUGAACUCGAUUUUGUCCCUGAAAUUGGCGAGACCGAGCCUUUCAAGCCAUAUACUCACCGUUAUCACGUUCCUUAUAAAGCAUCUGGCAGCACAGCUCCUUUUUGGUACUCAAUCAAGAGAGGUCCAGCAUACAUCAUAGUCUUGGCUUCAUAUUCAGCUUAUGGUAAAUACACUCCUCAAUACGAAUGGCUCAACGAGGAGCUACCGAAAGUCAACAGAAGUGAAACACCAUGGUUGAUUGUUCUGAUGCACUCCCCAUGGUACAACAGCUACAACUAUCAUUACAUGGAAGGAGAGACUAUGCGAGUGAUGUAUGAGUCGUGGUUUGUACAUUACAAAGUUGAUGUUGUCUUUGCUGGCCAUGUCCAUGCCUAUGAAAGAUCUGAACGGAUUUCAAAUAUUGCUUACAAUAUCAUCAAUGGCCGUUGCGUUCCUGUGAAAGAUCAAUCAGCACCUGUAUACAUAACAAUAGGUGAUGGAGGAAACCUUGAAGGCCUAGCAACCAACAUGACAGAGCCACAGCCCGAGUACUCGGCUUAUCGCGAAGCAAGCUUUGGCCAUGGCAUAUUCGAUAUAAAGAACAGAACUCAUGCACAUUUCAGUUGGAAUAGGAAUCAAGAUGGGUACGCGGUCGAAGCUGAUUCUCUUUGGUUUUUCAACAGAUACUGGUACCCAGUUGACGAGCCAUUGAGUCGGCAAGAUUGAAAACUAUUCGGCGAGAAGGCGCUAUUUUAGUAGCUUUACCACCAAAUAAUACUCAGCCAUGAUCAGAUGUUGAGGUCUUGCUUUCAUCAGUAGCUUACCACUAAAAGGGAAAGAACAUCUUAUUUUCUGCCUCAUUUAUUUCAUAUUUUGAAAGCAAGUCAACCAUAAUACAAUUUUGUGUCGAACCUUUGGCUUUGCUUGAAUAUAAUUUGCUAGCCCAGAAAGGUUAACAGGUAGCUAGCUUAUUCCUUUGCACCAUAAAACCAAGUUUUAAA